UUGGCGUCCGUGAUAAGAGGGAUACGUGGAUCCCACGGGAGCUUGUUGACCAAUUCCAUUCGCUCGGAGAUGUUGACGCCGACUUUGUCGAAGAGAUUCUGAACGAGCUCGGUCUGAGCGAGCUUGUUCAUGUCGAGCAGGUCUGUCAAUUUGAACGGCUCCGCUGGCUUCUUGGGAACAGUGCCAGGACCUCCAGGCGGCCCACGAAUGAACGUGGGCGCAGCACCUUCGGCGGUGACGGCCUGCCCGGGCCUCCAGCCCUCAGAGAAAUACUGCGCCGUCGCAGAUGCGGCCAAGGCAAGGACGGUCAGGACCUUCAUGGUGGUGCAAAAGGGAGGUGGGUAGGUGCCCAGGCACACCAUUUGAUCUAGGUGAUAACCUGGGUGAUCUCGAUCACCAUCAUAUCUCUUCCCUCGCUGGCACACGCACAGACGGAAUCUACCGCGCAGGUCGUGCUCCGAAAGUGCUGAACUCACGGGACAAUCUUACUUCUUGUACCGAAACCCCAUCCUCUUUGGCUGACGUUCAUUUGGCGGUGGCACGGCAACGUCGCCUAAUUGAAAACACACUGUUUGCACUUCUCGCCUUGCCGACCAUGGUUCGCGCGCGCUGCUUGGCCCUCGCAUUCGGCCUUUUCUCUGCCCUCGGUUCCAAUGCAGCUCCGACGGAUGUCCCAUCCGCAGCAUCUUUCUACGUGCCGUCAAUACCAGACAUCCACCAAGACCCCAAUAACCCAUUGACUAUCUUCGCGGGUCACAUACAAGCGGACCCGGACGCUGCCAAGGCCAACGCGAAGGAUGUGACUUCUCAUCUGUACUUCGUACUCGUGAAGAAUCGACGCGUGGCGGACAAGCAGCGGGUAAUGUUCUGGUUCAAUGGCGGCCCAGGGUGCUCGUCCUUCGAUGGCCUCAUGAUGGAGGUUGGACCGUGGAGGAUGGAUGGCAAGGGCGGCUUCAAAGUCGAAGAGGGUGGAUGGGAGGAAUACAUGACAGUGGUCUACGGUUCGCCGUCCUCGACUGAUGGACUAUCGCAGCAUGCUCAUGUCGUGUCCAGUUGACCAGCCUGUCGGGACAGGGUUCUCAUACGGCAGCUCGGACAAGUACGUCCACACGAUGGAAGAGGCCGUCGCCCAAUUUAUGGAAUUCCUGGGAAACUUCUACAAAGUAUUCCCUGAAUACCAGCACAUGGAC